AUGGUGUCGACCAUCAUUCGAGGGCACAGACUCGAUGGCUUCAUCAAUGGUAGUCGUCCCUGCCCACCAGAACUCAUACCAGCACCAACCUCCACUGAAGAAAACCCAGCCGUUACUCUAAACCCUGACUAUGAGCACUGGAUCGUUAGUGACCAGCUGCUCAUGGGAUGGAUUUACAGUUCUAUGACCGAAUCUGUGGCUAUUGAGGUCAUGGGAUGCGCCUCAUCUACUACCCUCUGGAGUGCCUUGGAAAAUCUGUUUGGAGCCCAUUCUCGAGCCAAGAUGGAUGACACUCGAACCUUGAUACAAACAACAAGAAAAGGAGCUACUCCCAUGGUUGAAUAUCUCAAGCAGAAAAAGAUGUGGUCAGACAGUCUUGCAUUAGCUGGGGACCCUUAUCCUGAAGCCCAUCUCAUCUCAAAUGUUACCUCUGGUUUGGAUGCUCAAUACCUUGCUAUUGUUGUACAAAUUGAAGCUAGAACUAACAUUUCAUGGCAGGAAGCUCAAGAGAUGUUGCUGAGUUUUGACAGCAAACUCGAAAGGUUGCAUGCUGUAGGAGGAAAUAAAAGUAAUGGAACAUCAGGAGGAGUCAACACAGGGCCAUCUGCCAAUCUUGCAGCUGCUAAUCUUCUUGGGAAACCAACCAACAACUCAAAUCGAGGAAGGGGAAGCUAG